CUUUGUCCGUACACAACCCGAUAGGUGAGACCUUGCAACGAUGACGGACGAGCAGCACCUGGAAGCAGCUUCUAUGGCGGCGAUGGCAGAGUUCCUACGAGAAUACGAACCAUCAGCCGAUGUUUACCAGGACGUGGCGAGCAACAAUGGUCUGCCGCUAGUGGCGGACAACGAUCAGGACACAAGUGAAACUUCUUCACUUAAAGCUGUCCCAGAUGAAAGACGCCGCAAGAAGAAGAAUGCGCAGGCAGCCAAGCGUCGACUGCGGUACCUAAAGAAACUCAAAGUGGAGCGGAAGGUGCUGAAGAAACAGGAAGUGGAGUUGGCUUUGAAGCUCAAGAAAUUGCGGGAAGCUCACGCCAAGGAGCGAGCCACGAGAAAUAAAAAGAUGGUGGCACUGAAUGCAUGGAAAGCGACCGCGUUACGACAGAAAGAGAGAAGAGUCGAGUCCGAAGACAAGCAGAGACAGCUGCAAACCGCCAUAAUGAACCAGUCAGGGCUCAUCCACCGGAUGAAGACGUUAUUGUGUCAACAGCGAAUGCUCAAUAGUCUCGACGCGUACGAAGAGAAGACUGCGCAAGGGAAUAGGAAGGGAAGGGCACUACUCAAGACUUUUAUACGUGAAAUGGAUACACUAUACGCCCAGACUGAUGCGAUAAUUAGUGGUGUCCGCUUCGAAAUGUCCCCACCUUUAACGUACGAGUUGACGCGCAAGUGGAGCAAGGACAAAACUUUCCUCGAGAGUGCGGACGCCACAGUGAUCCCGUUUAGCUUCGAGCAGACAUGCCGUGCAGUGUCCUUGAUGAUACUCGCUCCUAGCUACAAUGACGAGCUCGAAGACCCCGAGAACACAGCGAUCCGGACGUACCGCUUGAAUUUCUCUCAAGAACUGGGGAACAGUGCGACGUUGGUAGUUUACAAUGCAGUGAAGAGAUACGUCGAGUCGAAUCGUGCUGUGUUUGUGUGGCGAACGCUUGCUGAAGGUCAAGGCGAGUUUGAUGGGCUGCAGACGGUGGAGACUGCGUGGUUUAUAGUGCGUCCACUGACUGAAACGCAGUCAAAUAUCCAGUCAAAGAUGAUCCUGGAGAGUUAUACGCGCUUAGUUCCCGUUGGAUUCGGCAGACCAUCGGAUAAUGACGCGCGAACCAACAAGUUUAUCAAGAUCUUGGCAAAAGCAGAUGAAGCAGAUGUCAACGACAUGAAGCAAAUGCUGGGGAAGCUGCUGCUGGACGAAGCUCGGACGAACGUUGAGGACCCGUAGAUGUAUCUGUAGUAGUGAUUUUGUAGUACCAUAAAUAUUUCCUUUUUUGCCCAU